GGAAGGUCGAAAUCUUACACGUAACAGGACCCGAUUUUUAGUAUCAGUAUUUACAUUUAUCUUCUUUUUGGCUUGCAAAAUCCGUUGCAUAUUUACAUGAGUUGUUAUGUCAGAGUCUUGAAUUCGAUUUCGAACCCAAUAAACUCCUCUGUGGCAGUAAAUAGGUGUCGUUGUCGUGAAGUUACGCAUCCAUGCUGUCUGGCAGGAGCUCUUCUAGCAGCUCCAGUCUAACCUGCCGCUUGAUCUUUUGCUUUUGUUUUCCUGCUUCCCCUACGACGACGUAGCUAGAUGAUCGUAGUUCAAUUAGUUAAAGACUUUAACUAAUUGUAAACGGUAAACAAGACGUCGAAAACUAGUACAAAAAUGCUGCCGCAAUCGUACAUACGUGCGAAAAGCAGGCUUCGCUUGGCGUAAAAAAGACAAAGAGACGAAAAGAAGUGUUGUUGGAGCGGUCAAGAAAGAACGAGCCGAAAAGCAUACCAUGGGUUCUUGCCUCGGCACGUGUCUCGCCAGCUGCUUUGGCGUAUGCUACACAAAAUCUUAGCUCUCCACCAUCACCAUGAUGAUCGCCAUACAAAAGUUUUUUUCACUGCUGUGCAAGAUGAAGAAAAGGAAUUUACGGAACGUGAAUGGAUCGCCAUCACCAUCACCAUCGAUCAUUCGCGUCGAGUAAAUAUAAUUGGUGUUUUGCAUAUAAUGUAUGAGAAAAAAAAAACACAGUGAGAGCGAGGAACAAGCUCCUGUGGAAGAACAACAACAAGGUUUUCCGUAGUUGCAUAAAGCAGUUGCAUGGGGAAAUGCCUCACCUCCGGCCACGUCAAGAAAGACUCUACGAUGCGGAAGAUGUUCGCGUUUCUGCAGCUCUGGAACAUCGUCUGGCUGUUCAUGUACCGCUGGCUUGCACCGCAUUAUCAAAAGGAAAAAUCCCCCCUCUCCAUACUGAAAAGGUAUAUUUUUGGAAAUUUGUGAUGCUGAUUUGUGGUCACAUUGCAAGAAGGCAACUCCGCAGGCUCCGUCGCGUUUUGUCAUGCUCUUGGGCCUACGGCCGCGCCGCUGUUUAUCAUGCUAAGCGCCCAGGCCGAAACCCCUCUACUCACACUUGAUAUGGGCCUGUAGUGCUCUCCAGCAAGAAAGCUCGGACUUGUGUGCACAAAUCCAGCAUCGGAAGUUUCGUUUUGAUAUGGGUUGGGCGGAUUUUUCCUUUUGAUACGCAUGUCUCGAAGUUCCCGCUUUUCAACCACUUUUUUCUCUUCGAGUUUGGGAUCAUGGAAUGCAACAAAGCAGGACGAGAUGAUCUUCAUGGUGGUAAUGCAAGAAGUGCGACUGCCCCAGGUGGUCUAUCCUGUGCAAAAUUAUCGUACUCGUACUAAUUGCAAUCAUGCAUGACGAAUCCUGUUUCUUAGCGAAAUCAGCAUUACAAAUUCCAUUUUUCCUUCUGGAAAAAAUUGUAUUGCGAUUUAUACUGGUGCGAUACUUUUGCAAUGCAUAUGGUCCAGAUCAAAGCAAGAUCACGGCUUGUUUUAUGCUUGAGAAUUACGAAGUAAUUCGUUAGCACCAGUGUUGAGUCCAUGGAAAAGAAGAGUCGUCUGCUCUCGUCUUCGUCUCGUCCAUGUCUUCGUCAUAAGAUCUAAUUGGUGGGUCGCGCAUACCGCAAAUAACGCGACGGCACAGGCAAGCGCUCUAGUUUCGUACUGGCCCAGUCUCGGGCGUCUAAAGUCUCUUACUAGACUAGAAAUAGUAAGAAGUUGUUCACGUCAAGAGAUCUGGGCUCCUGGCUCGGUUUCCGCAUUACAUGCGACGAGAGCGGCAACCUCGCAACGUCUCUGCCUAGAGAAAAGCCCACUAUGGCGCCCAAGUCGUUUUUGCGCAAAAUCGAGUGCUCGUUUUGCAGCCAGAAGCGGUUGGCUCACACACCGCGCAACACUUCGCCCGCGUGUCCGAAUUCUGAAGCCUGCAAAGGCGAGUGCUACUACUUCGCGAAAGACGGAGAUUUGCAGACGGUGAAGAAGCAUCGCACCUUCGUAGAAGCGACUUACCCCCUACCGAGGCUUCGCCUCGAAGACGCGAGCAUCUGCGUCGACUGCAAUCUUUGUAAGUUGUUCCCCGACUCCAGAAAGCGAUCCUGGGUAUUUGAUAGAGAAGUGGUCGAAGCUUCAAGCUUUGCUUCCAGCGUGGAAGACGAUCCGGCAUCAGCUCUCAGAACUCUGAAGAAGGCGAAAGCUUCGUACGAAUAUUCUGAGAAGUCUCCUCCUACAUCUCUUCCGCGAAACUUAGGCAGCUCAGCUCUUGCAGACAAGCAGUCGCCCGCAUCUUCUGAGAAGAAUCCGGAAGCUUAAAGCAAAAGACAUGCCGUCGCCGUCUGGAUCCUUGUCUCAGGGCGUUGCCAUGGGUAGCGACACGACCGUCGCUCAACAGGUCGAACCCGAAACGGCCGUCAUCGAGGAGGAAGUCGCCGCAAUGCGCGCGCGCCAGUUACUGGACCCCAAGUCGGUCGACUACCCGUUGCCAUUCGACAAAACCGGGACUGUGCACCGCCCAGACAACUUCGAGUGGAUCCCGAGCGACACGAUCUUCACCAAGCACGAUGUCAAGUCCGUCGCUGUCAAAAUGUACACCGACAAACAAAGGAUCACGGUGGUCCGACGAUAACUGACUUACGACGGAGAAGCAAUCACUUUGCGCUCCAAGGUGCUACUUUGUCUUUAAUCUGUCUUGCAUAUCAAGAGCGAUUCACGCAUCCGCACAAGCGUGCGUCUUCAACUCCAUUCCCAUCUUCAUUCUCGAAGGUUCAGACCGAGCAUCCGGCAUACAUGGCUGACUCCCACGGCGACAUGAUUCAGAACGUCAUCCAGCCCACUGAGACCCAGAGGGCCUGGAAGUGGGAAAACGGCAAGCACAUCCGGCGCCUCCGCGCGCUCACCAUCGUCAGCAACGCACUCGAUUACGCCACUUGGGCAUACCUGGCGUUUUCCGAUUUUCAGGACAUCGAGUUGAUCGCCAGCAUGGCGGAGACAAUCGGAUACGUCCUUGCGGACCAGUCCCGCGGCAAGGCGAAGUUGUGCAUGCAGGUCCUCAAAGACUGGCUAGAAGUCCGGUUGGACGACAUUCCCGAUGGGAAAGCACCCGACAUCGCUAUGCGCAGUGCACUUUUCGACUUGAGCGUCGUGCUCUGCCCGCCCUUCGCAAACGCCAGCAAGUGGAAGUCCGCCUUUUGCAGAGCCAGUUUUGACCUGAUCCCGCCCAUUGCUACAGUGAGGUCCGUGGAUGAAAGCCCGAUGAUCAUCGUAGCGAGGACGCAGGAUUAUGUAAACGAGAUUCAUGAGAAGAGACAGACUGACUUAGAGUUAGGAAAAGCUUUGCCCGGGCGCGUUGCUGACCAGGAAGGAAUGUUGUAAGUCUGCGAAAUUCAUUUUCAGUGUUUUUGUUGAGACGAAAAGUCAUCGACGUGCAUUUUUUUGAAAAAUGUAUGCUGGCACUCCAAGAAUAAUUAAAAUUUAAUACGAUUCCGCGACGCGGUCAGCUCAAAGCAGUGAGUGAGCAUGUCAGCCGAGUUUGUUCGCCGUCACAAGCAAGAUCUAUGCCACUGCGUUACGAUCUACCCGGAGCCUUUCCACGAGAGAGCAUCUCCCUUUCGUCAAAAGUAUUAUCUUGAGCGAGAAUUGUCAUCACAUGAUAACAAACUCUCCUUCGUCUUGUAGUAAAAGUUAUUAGUGCCCACCAUGACGGAACUCGUCUGCUGUGCGUGCUUUGACAAAAAAGAUGAGGCUCUCUUCUUCAUCAAAUGCGCUGGCGCAGACUCCGCCACAGCUUGCGCCAAGAGGAUCGGCAUACAUUUGCAAACAAUGCGAAAAGGACAACGGCGCCAUGUCCCACGGACACUUCCACACCGUCAACGUCCUCGACCCAGUUAAAAGCCGCUGUAAGACAUGCAACGUAGCCAAGAACAAAAGCCGCAUGAAGCAGGUAGCUUUUCGCUGUUUUCAUCAUUCUUGUUGCGUGCAGCGUUCAUCGUUGUUUUCCGUCAAAUUGGAAUUCUCAUGUCCCCACCGCACUCCUUCUCAGGUAGAAGAUGAGUUGGAGAAAGCGGCUGGCGACAAAAAGGCCAUCCAGCUGAUAACGCAAGAAGAAGACUGGUUCCCGGAAUGGGUCUGCAUGAGUCAAGAAGACAAAAAGGAAGCGCGCCGCGAGUUGAAAAGACCCGCGCUUCAGGAGGUCGACGUCUCAAAGCUCAACUCACAUGACCUUGCCAUCGCACAGCAAGCACAGUCAGCGGCGUCUGCGGCCGCAGCCACCGGCGCGAACGCAGCCGCGUCGGAAGUCAGCAAGACCUUCAAAGAAAUGAAGCGAAUGAAAGUCGAACACAAAAAGACGAGGCUGAUGCUGCUGCCCAAGCACAAAGGAAGCUUUGCCACCUACAAGAAGUUUCUGAGUAAGGUAGUGACUAUUUGUUUUUCUUUUUGCAUGACGGUAAUGCUAGGCACUUACAUUGCGAUCGCACAUAACUGCUCAUCAUUCUUUCCCAAGGUGGUCUUGCACUUCGACGGACAGCCGGUCGCGGUGCUAGCCAAGCGCCACCGCUUCCUCAUCUCUUACAUCGAGGACUCGUCAGCGCGCUUCUUGUCCAAGGCACAGCAGAACUCGGAGCCGGCAUCCAAUCUGUGCUACGCAGCCUACUUCUCCAUUCGAAGUAGUGUUUUGUUAGACCUGUGAGCAUGGCUUGUCUUCAGGCAGCCGGGUCCGGGCAAAUUUCGACCAUUAAAAUCGGCAUAAAAAACCACUAAUAUAAAAGUUGGGGCGGGUUGUGUUUCAUUGGCUACGUGGCCUGCCUGGCAAGGGGCCCCAUUUUGUUGCCUUCCCAUACGUGGCGCGUGGCGCCGAGGAAGGACGGGCCGGGCCCCACCGGCUUUGGUGUUUUUGUGCCUCCACGGCCCCCGGGGUGUUUUGUUUGAGUUUUUGCCCGCCUCUCAAGCGCAUGCACGCCGCGUGCCUUUUCUCUUUCCAGCUCCCGGGCUGCUUUCGCCGGGCUCCACCUGGAUGGCAGCUGGGCCGGUGGGGUCUUCGGCCAGUCUAUGUGGCCUCGCCGCGUUUGGGAAGGGGCGACGCGCGCUGGUGGCUUUGGCGUUUCGACAGGUUUCGUCCCCAUCGGCAUUGGCGCCGUCCCCCAGUCGGGGUCUUUUCGGAGGGGCGUCGCCGUUUGUUGAUGGCCGACAGGGAGUGGUGGUUGUUGCGAAGGACUGCUGGGUUUGCAAUAAACCCAGCAGUAACCUUCGCAAUAACCUUUGCAAUAAUUGUUGCAUUAAAAAUGCAAUAAAAUGUGCUUUAAUUUGUUUUCAUUGAAAUCCUUAGGGAUUUCAGUGUUUAACAAAUUAAAGCAAAUUUUAAUGCAAAUACUAAACAAAAAUUAAACUUAAUUUAAACCACAAAUUACACCACUUUUAAAGCAAAACAACAGGGCCCGGCGAGUGCAGGGGGGGGCGUCGCCUCCGCGCCGCGGGGGGGUGUUUGGCGCGAUUAUUUCGGCAAGCAAGACCCGAGGUCCGCAGGUGUGGAAGCAGCCGGCAUUUGUCCGGUGUUGCGCCGGAUUUGGCCGGCGCGUCCGUGUCGCUUUGGUGUUUCUGCUGAAGGUGGGGCUGGGGUUGUCGUGUUUUUGCCCUCGGCCGGUUUGUCCUCGUGGGGCUUUGUUGGCCCCGCAUUUUUUGGGGGCGAGGUGGACAGGGGCCAAUGGCUCACCCGAUCACCCCCAUCCCGGCCCCGUUCCAGCUUGAUUCCAUCGAAACCCAUAGGACCGGGGCGGCCGGGCCCCCCUGCCUUGGUCAUGGCCAAGCCGCGCGGCGUUUUCGGUGUGCCCUUUGUGGGGUUUGGGGCCGGCUCUGUGGAAUCAAAGUCAUAACUUCGGCCAAGAAAUUAAAGCAUUUUUAUGCUGACACUACACCGGGCAGCUUGCCCGGGCCCGGCAGGCUGAUUGUCUGUGUGCAGUUGUAGAUUUGUGAGCAUGCGUUCUAUUCUCACCGCGCCCGUCUUCUCUAGGUUGCCAUCGAGAAAUCAAGCUCACGUCGCACAUCUCCGAAGCCAAGAAAGCUCUGUGGUUCAUGUUUUUCCAGCCACGCUUUUCGUUCGUCACUGCCUGUAAUUUGUCGAGCCCGUCCAUCAUGUCGGCCCUCAUGAACGUCAUUGAGUCCGACACGUCUAGAAAGCGCACGCAGCAGGAUCAAGGUCAGGGUGGUUAUUACGGCAAGUCUCAGAACAACAACGGCAAGGGCAGCUCGACUUUCUACCCGGCACAGCCCGCUUACGACUACUGUCCCCAGGUCCCAUCCUACACAACGCCACAGGCAGCAGCUCAGGGAGGAGGCGGCAAUGCCUCCGGCAUGACCAAGGAGCAGAAGCAGGCCGAAAUCGCGCGUAUUCUGAGCCAGGUGGUCAACAACCCCCAAGGAGCAGAGCUGAAUUUUGAAGCUGCAAAAAAGAUCGAUCGUGGCCUCUCGUGCAAAUUUUUCGAGGCGAACGGUCAUUGCCGCAGUUGCUACAUGGCAGGCUUUACGUUUCAAAAGAAACAUGAAAAAGGCCUGAAAAGUUGUGAACUCGCAGGCACGUCUUUGCUGGGGUAAUGCAAAGCGAGUGUCUUCGUAAGAGUUUCGCUCUGGCUGCAUAAGAAACCCAUUCUCAGGCAUCCCCUGCCAUAUUAUCUGUGCGAACUGCAAGUCGGCCAAGCACUGGCAGUCCCAAUGCACAGCUCCGUCGGCAAAAGGCAAGCCAGGAGGUGGAAAGCCAGGUCAGCAGCAGCAGCAGCAGGGUCCGCCCAUGAUGAAAGGUGCUCCCCCAGCGCAAGCAUACGCCCAGGGCGUCCCUGGCGCAAAGGGAGGGCCGCCGAAUGUAAUGCGCGCCCCGUCGUGGUAGUCAACGGCUUGAACAGCUCGCCACAUGUACAGGAAAUCAGCUGUAAGAUGAAACUAGAUCGACGCUUUUUUGUUUGUGUUUCCAGUGGCAUCGAUGCUGACACUUAAUUGCCAUCCCAUUCGCGCCAUCGCUCAGUCAGGAGCUGCUUUCAUACAGUCUGGCGCUCUGUUCACAUUCGAAGUGUGCUUCUCGUCGUACUUUUCGUCAUAUUGCAUGUUGGUGCGCAUCGUUGUAAUCUUUGAUAUGGCCCUUCGCUACAGAUCAGACCACCGGUCGGCGUUCUUGGCAACUGCUCUCACAUCAGAUCAGCCGAAGGAUGUCGUUGCUUCAGAUGAACCCCAAAAGAGCGGCGAGCUCAGCUCUUGCAACUGAGUACGCUCAGGAGCGCGAGAAGGCAAAUCCCAAGCCUCAGAAGAAAACGAAGGCAGACUCCGACGCAGUCAAAAAAGCGCUCGCAGAAGCAGCUGUGGCCGACAUUGAGCCAGACGAGGCCCCUUUGUACUUAGCAGAAGGCACUUCUUGGCGUGAUUUAGAUGAUCCAUCACGUAGCAUCGUUUCUUCUAAAUUCCUUUUCGUCUCAUCUGUAUUUUUUUCUCAGGUAGCAUAGCACAGGCUCCAGCAGGGGGCAAUCAAGCAGUGCCCGCGCUGUCCAAGUCAAAAAGCACUUCGUCCGCCAGCAGCGACUUCGUCUUCGCCGAAGCCGUGUCAGAUUUUGAAAGCUUGAAGCCACCUGCAUCGUCGGCGUCAUCAAGUUCAAAGCCCCAGGUCGCAGUCGUCGCGCCGGCGGAGAGAAAAGCCGCGGCAGCAUUGAGCCAGCACAUGUCCUCCGGCAUGCCAUCGCGUGAAGCUGAUGACUCGAAGUUGAAGGGUCAGAUGAAGUCUUCCGAAGUUUUCUCUCAGAAAGAUUCUACUGAAGUUAGCACUUUCCCACAGGGUCCAAAGUGGUUCGAUGCUUUCCCGUUACGCGACGACGUAAGAAAGCAACUUCUCAAGUCGUCUUAUGUUUUUGCAAGCAGUAGCAUCGCACCGUCUUCGUGUAAAAAUUUUACGAACAUUUUAGCAGUUGUAGUUCCUCGAGUGUGUAGACAACUCGGAGUGAAGUUAUGGCCACUCACCAAUGAGCUGGGGCGCAGUUUGUUUUUCGCGACCUUUGCUACUUACAAGUCGUGCCAUUUCUCGCACUUGAACGACAGAACGAAUAAAGUCAACUGGUCGGCGUUCAAAAGCCUAAGUGCAGCCAUCGGAGCUUACAACUCCUGUCGUCCAGAGUGUGACACGUAUUCGCUACGCUACAAAAGCAGACCCUUCGCACGCAUCUGGGAAGGAUUCAAACGCAAUGCAACUUUGCCUCUAAAUCAGACCUACAAACUUCAGCCCACUAGAUACCAAGUAGACUUAGUCCUCACAAAAGCGCGCCAGGAGUCCCACAUCCACUGUUGUCCUCCCGGGUUCCUGUCUCAUCAGCCUCCAAAUUAUUUGGAACCUUAUUUAAAUUCGAAGCAAGCCCUCUCGGCGGCGCAAGACUACCAAACUGCGCUUCUGGCAGCGAUGCAGUUCUACGGCGUCCGUCGAGGAGCCGAGAUGCGGGAGUUGCUAACCGACAGCCUAGCUCCGAAGUAUCUUUUUCCCGACGCCCCAAAGGAGGCGGAGCGUUACUGGUGCUUGCAAGUAGUCAAGGCAAAAAAUGACGUUUAUGCGCAAGGCAAUUUUUGCGUUUUGCCUCUGUUUUUGACACCGCGCGCCACAGCUUGGAUGCGCUGGGCUGGGGCUUUCGUCCGAUUCUUUUUCAAAAAGGAGUACUUCGCAGGGAGUUGCAGUUUAUUUUUCGUAAUAGGCAGCACGCGCAUCAAAUCUCGCGGCACUCCCUUGUCGCAAGAUUGCCUCAGAAUAAAGCUAAAAGCACUGCUUGGGCAGUAUCUACUCCCGAAAAGCAAAAAACUGCCCGGCCCAGUCGCGUUAAGACGAGCAGGAGCCACUCGCGUGGCCUCCAUGGAUAGAGCAGUGGCUUAUAAUCAGGGUGGCUGGAGAAGCAACAAGAUGUUGGAUGCCAUUUAUGCCCCCUUAACACGCGAGGACUUAGCGCGGUCAAUGCAAAAGCAUUUCCCAGAGUCAGCAGCUCUGGCUCACUUACGGCGCGCAAUAGUUAAAGUUGAAGAAGCUUAUGUGAAGAACGCUUUCAAUUUAGGCAGUCUCCUCAUCGGCCUGCAAGACAUCCCAGUGAGUGUACCGCGCGAAACUUUUGCGCGUCUAGCGCCAGGGCUGACAAGGGCAGCCAAGUUGAACUCUUUGAAGGAUGGUUUUCACAACGUCUACUACCGUCUUGGACUAAAAAAAUAAUCAUUUCGCUUUCCCACUGCCUUGUCGCUGACAAAGCACCGUCGGGAGUUUGGCCCAGUCGUUUGCUCUCCCAUUCAGGCACGCAGCCGUCUUUCUGUUGUCGUUCACUUCAAUUGUCAACCACCAGUCACUAGCGUGGAGAGAAAGCCCGGCAAAUGGAGCAGCCCCGGGAGUACGUGGCCGAGAGCGACCCAGCAGUUCCCACGAGAGAAGGGAGAGAACUAGGCAUAGUUCCAGACCCAGGCAUGUCCAUUCGGGACUACAUAAGUAUGGGACUGCCUGCCGCCAACUUGUCCGCCCUGGAGUUUCUGCAGUCGCAGGAAGGGCCCGACGACAAGUGGCGGCCGGUCGAAGACUACCUCACGUGGCAGGGGACCGCGCUCAAUCCCUUCAUGUUGGCACGCUACGGGCUCAGCCCUGCCUUCAUGGAGCGUUUUUUCGGUGGUGUAAAAUUCGACGUGACAGUGGACGACUUCAAAGUCAGCCAGGUCAAGAAUUACAGCGGAGCCACGACCUACGAAGAUUAUUUCACCGAAGAAGUCUGGCGCUUUAUCCACAGCAAAAAAGUGGUAGUGUACGAGGACGACGAGCCCCCGGAUCUUAUGAUCGCCCCGGGAACAAUACUUAAGCAAAGAGCGAAGUACAGGUAUGUUCUGUUUCUCAUGACACUCAUGUCUUCUAGCGCACGUCAUAGCCCGCGUCAUCUUCUCAUCAUCACUUAGGUUGGUGGCCGACUGGUCCAGCCCGCAAGUAGCCGCCAGCCAGAUGCUGUACAGUACACCAGUCCAGUAUAGCUGCUGGCGGUCUCUCUUCGAAAAGCUGUGUCCGGGAGCUCUGGCGUUUGGGCUCGACCUGGCCGAUUGCUACGCACACUGGCCAGUGCAUCCCAGUCAGCGUCGCCUACUAGGACUAGACAUACCGCAGACGGGAGCGAAAGCGUGCCAUUGCUUCGUGCCAUUCGGUAUUUCCUAAGCUUUUCAUGCUUGUUUUCACACUUGUGACUACGCAUAUGCUUCGAGUCUCAUAGUCGCGAUUUCUCGGCAGGUAUAUCACCUGCCCCCGGCAAGAAUGAUGAGGCGAUCAAGGAACUCACUCGUAUCCAGUACCGGGCCGGAUUAACGGCCUGGCUACUGGAUUACGUCGAUGAUAUAAGGGGCGUCCUCCCCGCCCCGUGCAGCACGUCAAUGGAGCACACCGCGCGCGAAUUCCAAAAAACAUUCUUCAUGUUUUCGCUGUUCGGUUGUCAGCUACAUGAAAAACCAGGAAAGAAAAUCCCGCCGACAACAAAGCUUCCAUGGCUCGGGUUCGAGUGCGAUACGGAAGCAAUGACUAUGGCGAUAGAAGAAGAGCGCAGAGAGCAGUAUGCGAUCGACGCGCAGCAGUUUCUAGAUGAGGUGUCUUCUUCUCCCUCGCUAACAACGACAGCCAAAGCGGCGGCAAAGAUUUGCGGCAAACUGCAGUCAAUCACCUUCAUCCUAGACGGCCCGCUCAGGGGCCUGCAAGACGCGCUCAACGCCUCCGGCUGCUACCGGCUGUGGCAGUCGUCGCGGGAUCACAGUCCCAAAGUCUCGCUGUCGCACGAGGUCACUCAAGACCUGAAGUGGUGGGUGCACGAAAUCAACCAAGUGCCGAAACGCAAGCUCCACUACUACGGAGGCAGGUGCUUCCUGUGGGGCCAGCAUGUGUUAGAAUUCGGAACGCAAUUUUUGAACUCCAUCCCGCCGUCGGCCUUUCUCGUCAUCUAUGGCGACGCCGCAACGGAAACCGGAUGGGGCGGCACAUGCAGAGGAGUGCACUACCAGGGUUUCUUCCCGCAGUGGAUCAACCAGCACGACAUAAACGCGAAAGAAAGUGCAACCCUCCUCAUCGUCUUGGAGUGCAUGGAAGCGCGCGGCGAGCUCCCACCAGGAAUGCUCGCGCUGUAUUAUACGGAUAACUUCACAGCAAAGAAGUUCGCAAACAAAGGCAAGCACACCAACCCGGCAUACUGGGUGGUUCUGCACCAGAAGACUGAAGUCAUUGCGCCAGCGCAACCAGCUGGAGCUCAUCGGGGCCAAAGUGCGCGGCUUGCGCAACAUCGUUGCUGAUUGUCUCAGUCGUUUCGACGAUCACGUCUUCUCUUUCUGUGAUCCGGAGCCCGAGCGUUGCCUAAACAACCGGGCAUGGAGUCACAUCAUGAAAAAACUGCCCGACAUCGCCAUCGAGUGCUUUGCGUCGUUAGACGACUCCGACAAGACUUCGCGCCUAGCCACGAAGUUCACGUCCCAAAACAUGCCGCUCCAGAACUUCGAGCAAAUCAGCAAAGAAAAGUCGCGGUGGUUUCCACCAGGCGACAUCGUCUACCCCGCAGUAAAAUUUUUGCAAAAAACAGCACAGGGCAUCCCGCUCGCGAACCGUCCGAAGUUCGCGGCUUUCCUUCCAAAAGCAGGAGGCAAAUUUGCUCCGAUGACAUCCUCCUUCUACAGAGCAAAAAUCUCGCACAAGAGGGGCGCUAAGAUCUUCAACAGCAAAAAUCUCGAAAAGGUCGACAUGCCGGCCGACGAUGACUACGAGGUCUUUCUUUCGGUGCCCAUCGAGCAAUGGUCUUCCACCACAAAUCUCAUCACGAUCGAGAAUCCACAGCACACGAAACUACUUCAAAACGCAGUCUUUCGCAGGUCUCUCAAUCUACCAGGAAACACCGUCUGCAAAUGCAUCGCCCAAGCGUCGGAGCAGUUGAUCGCGCAUUUGUGUUGCACUGAUCCGGUCGCGCCUAAAGGAGUAGCAGAGUUGGUCUUUGAUAGGUGGCCAUGUGCCAACGCUUAUCCCUUACCAGCUUCCCAGAAGCCAUGCAAAUCGUUUCAAGUCAUGCAUCCGAUUGCUAACGUUCACUCCAUGUGUCAUCCAGGGCCGCCGAAGGCGGAUAGAAACUACGACACAUACCAGGAGCGCCUAGAUGCUUUCAAUUCAUCAAUGUACAGCUUAGCAGUCUAUUGCAGCAGCAACGGGGUCAAGUCUGUGGCAGUCCCGUUACGCAUUGGCUGCGGUCUCAAUGGCGGCAAGAUGUGUGAUUACGCUCUCACUUUGGGCCGCUUCUUCAUGAAGUGCCGAAGCUUCGGCGUCAUUGUGCGACUCUAUGAGAAUCCCGACUCUCUGUGAGCAUAUUCAUGCGCACGCUUUUUCGGCCCAAGAGCCGUCACAGUUGUCUACUCUUACCAUCCCAAAUGGUGCCCACUGUGCCCCAUAUGCGUCUGCGCGCAAGGAGUCGAACUCGUGUUCUUAGCACAUUUGGUCGCAAUGUGUGACGGGUUCCUCGUAGCCAGGCGGCUAGUCGGAUCGUAUGGGUGCUGGGCAAACUACACUCUUCGUAUUUCUCCAGGACGAUAAAUUUUAUGCUUGAGAAUUACGAAGUAAUUCGUUAGCGCCAGUUUUGAGUCCAUGGAAAAGAGGAGUCGUCUGCUCUCGUCUUCGUCUCGUCCAUGUCUUCGUCAUAGGAUCUAAUUGGUGGGUCGCGCAUACCGCAAAUAACGCGACGGCACAGGCAAGCGCUCUAGUUUCGUACUGGCCCAGUCUCGGGCGUCUAAAGUCUCUUACUAGACUAGAAAUAGUAAGAAGUUGAUAAAGCCGCUUUUUUCAUCCCACCCACCUCGCCCUGUGAGGAAGUCACAUACAGGGAUUUUGUUCACUCAUCGUCACUGUUCGUUGUGUGAGUGUGUCUAUCGUCUAUGCAUGGAAAACGUCUUUUCCAUGGUCUCGCCUUACGCUUCUCACUAGUCGCCACGAGCUCCGUUCAGCGUUGCGUCUGCGCGCAAGGAGUCGAACUCGUGUUCUUAGCACAUUUGGUCGCAAUGUGUGACGGGUUCCUCGUAGCCAGGCGGCUAGUCGGAUCGUAUGGGUGCUGGGCAAACUAAACUUUUCGUAUUUCUCAAGGACGAUAAACUUUCAACAGCAAGCGACGGAGCGGGUGUUUCUCUCGUUCGCGAUCCUCUUUCUGAUCUUGAUUUUCCUCUCCGCCUAUCAAGUGUAAAAAUGUCUGGGUCUGGAAACUUGUGAUGCUGGGUGGCGUCUCAUGAUGAGGCUACAAAUGCUGGCUCAGCAUGACAAGUUUCUGAGCUCCUAGGUGUUGCCCCCUAUUCUACUGCACGACAAACUGCGCUUCUGCAUCACAGAAAAACGGAGCUCUUGGGUAACGUGCGUGACAGAUUUAGCAGUCAUGCCAGACAAGCAUGACAAACAUGAAUUCUUCCAGACCCAGACACUUUUACAGUUGAUACGGCCAUCGGCGCCACGAAGAUUGCGCUCAACAAGUUCUGGGGCGCGAAGCUGCUGACCCCGGUGUUUCUUCCGUUCCUAUAUCAAAUGUAAAAAUGUCUGGGUCUGGAAGAAUGCAACUUGUAAUGCUGUCUGCGGAUUCUAAAAAUAUCUGUGUUGCAUGAGCAGCAAGAGGACUCAGCUCUUGGCACGCGGAGAGGGCAUUUCUCAUGCGUAAUUAGCAUCGAGCUCGAGAAGCUCUCAAAAAAUCUGUGAUGCUAGCACCAGCAUCACAGACCUCACGGGUCAUGCAAAAUGUGCAUGACAAGUCCCGACUCUUCCAGACCCAGACAUUUCUGCAUCUGAUAUCCUAUUCGCGUUUUUGAUUCCGAACGACUUUUUCGGGCUGCAGUCGUGGCUGUACUACACCUGCGGGGGGGUCUCGUUGUUUUACCUGACCGCGCAAAUGAUGAUUUUGUACGACUUGGGGCACAGCUGGAACAAAACCUGGGUGGAAAACGCGUUGGAAGCGCAGCGGGAGGCAAUCGUGAACCCGAACGCGUUUCUCGGAGGGGGCGGUAAUCGCAAUCGGGACAACAAUUCGCAUUCCAACUUUUUCCGCCAAUUUCUCCAAUCCAGGCCAGGAAUCCUGUGGUACUUGGGAAUCCUCCUUGCGACCAUCAUCUUCCUGACGAUCGCCGUCCUGGUAUCAUUUGUAAAAACGUCCCCACCGCAUAGUCAAGUUUGGAAUCUAGCAACACAUCAAAUCUCCAAGUUUUGGGAGCUGUGCAUGACAAGUCUCCCUCUGCAGUGUAGUGCUGAUUGGCAAGAGAAGCUGCAUGAGAAAGUCAUUUUCACAUCCUGUUUAUAGCAUUACAGAUUUUUCCAAAACACGACUGGAAAUUCCUCUCAUGCAGCUGCGCAUUACAAAUGUUCCUGUCAUUGCGCAUUUGCAUGACAACUCUGGUGUGGGGACGCUUUUACUCAGGAUACCUGGCCGUGAUUUACCUUCCGUUCGUCGUGUACGCGAAUGAACCCAACCAGUACGUCAUCCUGAUUUCGCAUUUUCUAAGCGUCGCCUUGUUGAUCCUCUCCGCCAGCGACUGGUGCAAAAACGGUGCCAUUCUACCCAGUGCACUACUGGUAGCAUACUUCGCGUGGCUACAGUGGCUGAUGGUGCUGCAGCGCCCGGGGAUAGUGGUCAAUGGCCCCGCCGCCCAGCAGGGUCGUGGGUCUUAUCUUGGAGGUGCGCGGCAAGCAGAUGAACACCCCCAGCACCAAGAAAUCCUGAGCGAGCCCCGUGGGACGAUGCCGCCGACUUCUACUUCUUUUCUCCUACCUCUCUCGGCACAGAGACGAUCAUAUAUUUCCAACGGUGUUAUCCGGGCUUUUGCGGCUGAUAGUGUUGUACUUUCUCCACAGGAGCAACAUCAUGCAGUGUCGCACCAGAAUGAUCUUCUUCAAUCCAGAAUCAUCAGCUACGAAUACAGCGAUCACGUCCCGAUGACCGCAGAUCGCUAUCUCUCCUGGUGGGUCGGGUUGACGAUCAUGCUGGUUUGUUUUUCCCUUUUUCUAAGGAACCCGAGCCUGUUGCAAUUGGAAGACGCUGAAACGGCGGAGGACCGGAACUUCGGCGCUCGGAAUGGGGAAGAGGACUUGGAGCAGUCUGACUCCAGCGACGAGGAGCAGCAGGCCACGGCUGUGGUUGGACCGGAAGACGGAGAUGAUCAUACGACCGGAGAUCUUCAAGAUGGAGACGCCGGUGGCCGAGAAGAGAACACCUCCAACCGUAUCCAAGAAAAAAACUGUGUUGGUGUAACUAUCUUUGGCAGACAGCAUCACAAAUUUGCUCUACAUGACAGAGAAAGCCUGUCACGCGUGGCUUGUAAGGGAAAACACACAUGAAAAGAGAACUUCGUGGCUAUCUGGCAUGACAGGUGUAACUUUGUUGCGUGUUCUACAUUACAGAUUUACGCUUACGCGACAGCUUUUUUCUUGCAUAAACCGUCGGCGCCGUUUAAUCACGACGGGGGGACCGCCGAAGGAAGAAACGCUCUACUUCUUGACGAUCCACGCGGUAUGGGAGUGUCAGGAUUGAAAUUGUCAAAGUUGAAAAUGAAAUAGUUUGUCAUGCAUAAAAUGCAUGACGCGAGGCGCGUGUGUUGCAGAGCAGGCAAGUGAGGCCGAUUGUAAGCCUGUUUGGGCUUAGCGCUCGAGCUGCUGAAGUAGUAUGACAAAAUCAGUCUUCUUUGCCUAAGCAGCAUGGCAAACUGGAUUUAAGGACUACCAAAAUUUGUCAUGCGCCACUUGGAAACUGGGUUGCAACUGGCAUCCAUUUUAUGCAUGACAAAUCAUUUCAACUUUGUCGAUUUCAACUCUGACGCAUCCAUACGCGGCUUCGGCGUUUUACUUCCGCUUCCUGCUGUACCAGAGACAAGACUUGGUUGGCUACUGCAUUCUAGCGGUCGGCUUGUACGCAAACAUAGUCCUGUUUGGCUGGGCGCUGGUUCGCCCGCAGAUUUACCCGGAUGAGUAG